AUACAUACCGUAUUUGUUUUUGCUGUUAUUUGUUGUCGAAAUUGAAUGUUUUGUACUAUAGAAUUAUUGUUGUAGUCUUUGAUUAUAGCCAUGUUUACCAUAGAUUUAAAAGCGUUAAUACAACUCUCGAAAUCCGGAGAGGGCAAGCUGCAACAACGUCAGCGCAUUCGGCGUGGCAAAAGGAGCUACAUCCUGUGCUAUGUGCUGCAAAAUGGUCUGCUGACCAUAAACCGAACGAAACGCAUCAAGACCGGAAGUACUGAAAAGCGCUGGAGUCGCCUGCAAAGGCAUCGCAAACGAUUCGUGCGUUGUCCUACCAAAUCCUGCGGCAGCCAAACAAGCUUUGAGAUAUGUGAAACGCAAGCGCAAGAUCAGGGCAGCCAAACGCCGCUUAUCAUGCAGACUGAUGCCGUUGUGCAGACACUGGAUAUCAAACAGAUGAUAUCCCGACACCAGCAGACAAACAAACACCACCAACUGUCCAUUGGCAGUCAGACGAGGCGCCUCAUGGUGGACACACGCUUCACACAAAUCGAGCAGCAGAUGAAGGUGAAGUGGACGCAAACCGAGCCUCAGCCCAUCCUGACCAGUGUGAGCAGCACUCAGACGUUGGCCAUUGAAAAAUUGCCAUGUAGAAAUAGCUAUACACAGACAACGAUGCCCCAGGAUGUGGAGGAGCUGAUGAAGCCGCAUGAGAAGACGCAUCACCUCCUACUCGAGGCACUCAACAAGCAGAGCAAUUGGCUCGAGCAUGGCAUCGAGUCCAUUGAUCACCUGGUCGAAUUUAAGAUACUCGAACUUGAAAAACAGCGCCAUGAGGCAUUAUCGAAACUCAAUGUACAAAAACGGAUCAAACAACUGUAUAUCAAUCGUCGCAAGCAUCGCAGAUGCCUACAGAUAUAUCGACGAAGGUUCAAGACUAAGGCCAAGCCAGCUCAUGGCCCGGAGCAAAAGCAGACGCAGACAAAGGAAGCGAUGCAAAAGCAGACAGAACCCACGCCCACAGGCUCGAAUUGCAUUCAAAAUGAGAAUUGUCUGGAUACGAGGAACGUCAGCUUGUUGGAUGCUGCCACUCAAACGGGGAGGACAAAAGGAUUCUCUUGGCUGCGAUUCUGAGCAGCUGCUCAACUUGGACAAAUAUUCGUUACUUACCACAGCCA